AUGAGUCAAAUUGCCAUGAAUCCCAAUGUCAUUUCAAUGAAGAACUCUCAAUUUGCGAAGUAAUAUUAUGAAAUAUCAAAAUAGUCUUAAAAUGCGAUUUAGAACAUUUAACACAGAAUUCUAAAUCACAAACAUAAUGGCUGGAAAAAGAAUAAAUAUUCGAAAAAAUAAAAAUAGAAUGAGUAAAUUGAAGAAUCUAGCCAGAAUAGUAAUUCUGAAUCAAGCCAGAAUUCUGAUUAAAUUUCGAGUAAUUUUAAUUAGAAUUCUGACAUUCUUAACACUAAUUUGGAAGAAUAGAAGAUUGACUAUUCAAAAUAAGAUACCAUUAUUUUUGAAAUACAGGAGCUAGAUUUUUAUUAAGAGGAUUUUUUGGAUAAGAAAGAUGGAUAAGACCCUGGAUUUUUUACUAGUUCAUCUUAUACUAAAUUAAUAAUACCUAUUAUGAUGUUGUAAUUAUUUAUUUGA